UUAUUAAAGGGGUUAAUGUGGACCAGAGAUGAAAUCAUCAGAGAGAAAACCACAGAACGAGAUAAGGAAAAGCAGAAAGAAAAGAAGAAGCACAGAUUAAUGUCUGAAAUAAAAAAAGAGAACGGAGAAAUGAAAUUAUUUCAGAAAGAUGUAAAAGAAAAACCAAAAAGCAAUGCAGAUGAUCUACAGAUUAAAAAAGUAAAGAAGAAAAAGAAAAAGAAACAUAAAGAGUGUGAAAAACGGAAGCGUCCAAAAAUGUACAGUAAAUCUAUUCAAACCAUCUGCUCAGGAUUGCUUUCCGAUUUUGAGGAUCAAGACGCCAAAGGCAUUGUUGAUAAUCAUCUUAAAGAUUUCAGUGAGAAAAAUAAGAAUCCCAAGAAGGACUCUGAGUACAAGAUACCAGAGAACAUGAAAAUGGAGAUUUUGGGAAAGAAAGAUAUAGAGACUACGACUAUGUCCAAUUUUCAUGCUCAGGUAAAAAGAACAUAUUCCCAUGGUACAUACAGAGCUGGCCCAAUGAGACAAAUCAGCUUGGUUGGAGCAGUGGAUGAGGAAGUGGGGGAUUAUUUUCCAGAGUUCCUUGAUAUGCUGGAAGAUUCACCUUUCUUAAAAUGUACUUUACCAUGGGGGACUCUUUCUAGUCUGAAACUAGAAAGUCGGAAAGAUAGUGAUGAUGGUCCCAUCAUGUGGGUACGUCCAGGAGAACAGAUGAUUCCUGUGGCAGAUAUGCCAAAGUCGCCUUUCAAAAGGAAAAGAACUACCAAUGAAAUUAAAAACCUGCAGUACCUACCUCGUACUAGCGAGCCUCGUGAAAUGCUUUUUGAAGACAGGACGCGAGCACACGCAGAUCACAUAGGACAAGGAUUUGAACGACAGACUACAGCUGCUGUAGGAGUAUUAAAGGCAGUGCGUUGUGGAGAAUGGGUUGAACGACCUCGCAUAACCAAAGACGUAAUUUGUUUUCAUGCGGAUGAUUUCUUAGAGGUAGUUCAACGACUGCAGUUAGAUUUGCAUGAACCUCCACUUUCACAGUGUGUCCAGUGGGUUGAUGAUGCAAAACUUAACCAAUUGCGAAGGGAAGGCAUUCGAUAUGCCAGAAUUCAGUUAUAUGAUAAUGAUAUUUACUUUAUUCCAAGGAAUGUUAUACAUCAGUUUAAGACAGUUUCAGCUGUGUGUAGUUUGGCGUGGCACGUUCGGCUCAAACUCUACCACUCAGAGGGAGAAAACCAAACCAUCUAUGAAAAAGAUCCCCAAACCGAUCCUACAUCUUCUGUUACAGGACUUCAGACUGAUAGUAUAAUCCGUCCAGUUGACAUAAAUGCCUCUGAAGACACCAAAUUUUUAAGUAGCCUUCAGACUAAAUAUGUGAAACAGGAGGUUUCACACACGCAACAUGAAUCUGCUUUCUCUCUCCAGAAUAAAGAGGAGCCAGUUACAGUUAACCUUCCUGAAAAGAUGGUUGCCUCCAGUGCUGUAGAAUGUCAGAAAGUUAAAGCAAGACUGGAUCAUGUUCAGUUGACAGGGUCAAGGCUUGAAACUGACUCUGAAAUUGAGCUUGGUGACAAAUACUUACAGGACAGCUUGUGCCCAAGGGGUCAUGUGAAUCUGGAAGAUACAAGACAAAGUAGUUCAGCUUAUCCAAGUCUGCAUGGCAAACAAGAAGAUGAUUUUUUGUGUUAAGUGUGUGUGUAUGUGUGUGUGUGUGUGUGUGUGUAUAUAUAUAUAUAUAUGUUUUUAAAGUACUUUUAAAAUUAAUGACAUAAUGUAAAGAGGCUUAAAUUCUGUGAGGCAGGUUUCUUACUUGCCCUUACAGCUGUUACAGAAAAUAGUUUAUGUAGCUUUGUAACAUUCCUCAGUGCCUGUCCAUAACUGUAAACGUUUCAAAGCACUUAGGGCCAGAUGCACUGUAAACACUGCAGGUGUAACAUAAAAGUCUUUAAAUAUGAGUUGUAGGUUUUAGAAUAGAGCUGACAUUUAACAUAUAUUUUUUGUAAGAUAAGCCAGAAUUCUUUUUGACAAUUCCAGGCUUUUCCAUAGAGCUUAUUUAUACCAAUUUUUUUUCUUUUUAAUGUGUCAGCACUGUAGUGUAAAUAGCUUUUUUAAAAAAACAAAACAAAACAAA